UUGAUGGUAAGCAACCUGAAAUCAUAGAAGUUGAUUAGUUGAUUUGGCUGUUCUGACCACCACCCAAACCCUCCUCACCCUCUUCUUCUUUCUUCUUUCUUAGACUCUCUCUCUCUCUCUCUCUCGCUCGCUUGCUCUCUUGCACUGAAACUGAAAACUGUUAUCCAAAGCCCUAAAUUCUCUUGAGGUUCCACAAUUCCUCCAUACAUAAGCUGCUUCCUUUUCGUGCUGCUUCUCUCUCUCUCUCUCUCUCUCUCUCUCUCUCUCUGUGCUUGUGUUUCUCUCAUUUACUUACUGGUUCUGUACCGGCGGAGCUUCACACCAGUGUGCUCUUCUUCAUUGUUUCUCGAUCUCGUCUCUCUCAAAUUCGUCAAUUUUUGACUGCUCGAUGGCUGAAGGCAAGCUCGAUCUGCCUGGCGAUCUCCUUUCGUCUAGACCAUCUGAUCAGUCAUGGACUCCCAAAGCAGUUGAAACUUCUGGAGGAAAUGGUGAGGAAAAGGUGCUUUCUGGGUUUGAUGAGUCAAAAGAUAUACUGGCCUCAGAAAGCAGCAUUCCUUUGUCUCCGCAGUGGCUUUAUGCAAAACCAAGUGAGUCUAAGAUGGAAGUGCGUCCUCCAAGUUCGCUUGGACACUCCACAGAUAGCAACCAGAAGGAUAGUUGGCGCUUGGAAGGAUCUGAGGAAAAAAAGGAUUGGAGACGGCUUAAUAAUGAGAGUGAAAGUAGCCGUCGCUGGCGUGAAGAGGAAAGAGAAACUAGCUUACUUGGCAGUAGAAGGGAUCGUCGGAAAACAGAACGCCGAGUUGAUAGUGUUUCAAUGAGAGAAACAACCGAUAGUAGAGCAUUACCUACCUCUGAUAGGUGGCAUGAUGGCCGUAACCCUGUGCAUGAAACACGACGUGAUAGCAAAUGGUCAUCUAGGUGGGGUCCUGAAGAGAAAGAUAAGGACUCUCGAACUGAGAAGAAAACGGAUGUGGAGAAAGAAGAUGCUCAAAAUGAAAAUCAAUCUAUUGUGGGAAGCAAUCGUUCUGCUUCUGAGCGUGACCUGGAGUCUCGAGAUAAAUGGAGGCCACGCCAUCGGAUGGAGGUUCAACCUGGUGGAUCAGCCACAUAUCGUGCUGCACCUGGAUUUGGACUUGAAAGAGGUCGAGUUGAGAGUUCGAAUGUGGGAUUUACAGUUGGAAGAGGACGGCCAAAUGUUGUGGGUAGACUUUCAUCUUCAGGCUCUAUUGGUGCUGCUUAUUCUGAAAAAGGUGGAAGUAUUCCUGGACAACCAAGACAGUCAUCUGAUAGUUGUUGCUACCCAAGGGGAAAGCUUCUUGACAUUUAUCGUCGCCAAAAGCUUGAUCCAUCUGUUGCUGCAAUGCCAGAUGAGAUGGAGGAAACGUCCCCGGUAACUCAAGUAGGCCUGAUUGAACCAUUGGCUUUUGUUGCUCCGGAUGCUGAAGAGGAGGCUAUCCUUAGGGAUAUAUGGAAGGGAAAGAUUACAAGUAGUGGUGUGGUAUAUAACUCAUUCAGAAAGGGAAGGUCAACUGAAAAUAUUACAGGUGUGGGUGACUUGGAAUCCACAGAUGGAGUUGGAGGCAUUCUGCCUUCAAGCCUUGUUGAGGAAACUAAUGAUACUGAGCAGGAGGAUGCAUAUCAAGCUGAUGGUAAUGGAAAUGGUGUUAAUUGUAAAGAAGGGAAAGACAAAGUAUCUACAGCUAAUGGCUAUGAUGGUGUGAUUCCAACAGUUCCAAAGAGUAAUGGUUUCUGCCGUGUCAUGGAGACUGGUGAUGCUUACCAUAGUGUUUUUGAGCUUAAUGCUGAUGGAAUUAGGCGAAAGGAAGAUUCUUCUUUUGGCAGUCAUUCUCAGCUUCAUGACAUUGGGUCUGUCACUUCUGACAUCAGAUCGAAGCUUCCUGAUGAUUCAAGUUCUCUCUAUAUUUUGCCCUCUCCUGAACUGAAUGACAAUAACAAGACUGAGGCAAAAGAAUUAACAAAAGAUGUCCCACCUGAGGAUUUGUGUUUGUAUUACCUUGAUCCUCAAGGUGUAAUCCAAGGACCAUAUCUGGGAGUUGAUAUCAUUUCGUGGUUUGAGCAAAGAUUUUUUGGUACAGAUUUGCCUGUUCGCCUAGCAGAUGCUCCAGAAGGAACACCUUUCCAGGAUUUGGGUAAGGUCAUGCCACACCUGAAAGAAUGGGAUGGACAAGCCAAUGACAUUGAUCAAAAUAUGAAGGUAGAAUCAUCCAAUGCCUUCGGAGUAAUGACGGAAUCUGGUAUACCUUCUGGUCCUGUUUCAGGAAUAGCUGAUUCAUCUGUUGCAAAAGAUCUAUGUCGGUCAUUGCCCGAGUUUAGCAGUCUCUCAGAUGAUCUUGUUCAGUUAAGAAUAUCGGAGCCUGAAUCUCCAUUACAACUGCCACGUUUAAGGGGAAGUUAUCAUGAUUUUGGUGUACAAGAUGAAGAAAUAUUAUUUCCAGGAAGACCUUUGAACACAGAUUAUCCUACUGCUAAAUCUUCUGGGAGUGUCCAUGAUCCUUUAGUUAACAACCUUUCUCCUCCAAAUGAAUUCAGGGAACCUGGUUUGCCCAACCAGACUGAUAGGAAGUUGCACCCCUUCGGCUUGCUGUGGUCUGAGCUAGAAAGUGUUCAACCAAAACAUGCAAAGUCAUCCAAUAUGCCGUCAAGCAUGGGGAGGGCUGGUACAUUUAGCAUGGUGGCAGAUCCAGCUGUUGCUGAGAGAAGAUCUGAUGUUUAUGGAACAAACUCACUUUCUGAUCCUAAUCUGUAUCAAGAUGUGAUGGCUGCUCAUCAUUUAUCACGUGUGGAACAGGAAUCCAGUCGUUUUGAUUUAGCAGAGCAGCUUUUGUCACAACAAUUGCAGCAACAGCAGCUGCAACAGAGAAAUAUGUUGUCUAAUUUUGCCCAGUUAAAUGACUCGGUUUUAGAGCAUUUGCCAAGUCAAAAUUUUAUUCACCAACAAAUGGCCAACCAUUCUGCACAGGAUUUUGAUAAUCCGUUGGCACUUCAGCUGCAACACCAUAGGCAGCUUCAGCUCCAGCAACAACAGCAGCAACAGCAGCAGAUCCAUCAACAGCAAAAGCUUUUGCAGGAACAGCUGCAGUCUCGUGUACGGCAGAAGUUGCUACUUGAACAGUUGCUGCAUGGUCAAAUGCAUGAUCCUGGUGUUGGACAGCCACAUGCUGAUCCCGUCAGAGCCAACAAUGUUCUUGAUCAGGUUAUUUUGGAACAGCAUCUUCUACAUCAACUGCAGCACCGGUCUCAGCAUCCUUCAAUGCAUGUUGAUCCAUCCCGUGAGCAACUUAUUCAAGCAAAAUAUUGUCAGCCAUCACUGCAGGAACAUCAAAGAGAUUUAUUUGAGGUACUGUCUCAUCCACAGCAUGGACAACUGCACUCAUUGGAACAUCAGAUGCUUCAUCAUGAGCUGCUGCAAGCCAGACAGUUGCAAAUGGGAUUAAGGCCACGGACCAAUAUGGAAGAAGAGAGGCAUAUUAAUUCUGUCUGGCCAGCUGAUGAGUCCAAUCAGUACUUAAGGACCCAUUCUGGUACUCUCCGAGCUCACUCCUCUGGCUUUGGUCCAUUAGAUGUUUAUCAGCAGCAACAGAGAGCAUCUCAUGAUGAGCAGCUGAGUCACCUUGAGCGGAAUCUUUCACUGCAGGAGCGACUUCAGCAUGGGCUUUUUGAUCCUGGCUCUGGAUCAUUUGAGCGGUCAAUGUCUUUGCCUCCUGGUGCUUCAGGAAUGAACCUGGAUGUUGUAAAUGCUUUAACCCGUGCUCAUGGUAUGGAUAUGCAGGACUCUAGUGCACGUAUGCAAUCUUCUGGUCAAGUUGGAACUUUUCCCUCCAAUGUUCAUCCUCGUAAUCUUCAUCAUCCUCUAAUUCCUAACCAAUUCCAGACUUCACAUAUGGAUGCAGUCGAGGCCUUUUGGCCGGAAAGGAAUGAACAGCUUGAAAAUGGCUGGAUGGAAUCUCGGUUUCAACAGCAUCAUGCUAAUACUGAGAGGCAGAAACGGGAGUUGGAAAUUAAAGUUACUUCUGAAGAUUCAACAUUAUGGAUGUCAGAUGGAUUUAAUGAAAAGUCGAAGCGCCUGUUGAUGGAAUUGCUCAAUCAGAAAUCAGGUCAUCAACUAGCUGAUUCUUUAGAUGUGAGCAACGGCAGGUCCUCAGGUCUCUACUCUGGACCAAGUUCAUCAGAUGGCCCAUUUAGUCUUCAUCCAGAUCGAGAUGCUGGUUUAAAUAAUUCAUCUCAGGUGGGAUCUUAUGGUUGCAAUGGACCGUCACUGGAAGAGAAGGCCAGCAGUGUAGAAAGCAAUGAAAAAUUGCCUUUUAGAUCUGAUUCUGUCACAACAGUUGAGGGAGAGUCUUUCUUAGCCGUCGCUAAUGAGACCAGUCAGUCACUUUACACAAAUCCUAAAAUGAUUAGUAGGUCUCUUGUGAACAAAGAGAUUCCUGAGGUGGAUGGGAAGAAGACUGAGCUGAAAGGUGAGGGUUUGACAAAAGGUGGGCCUUUUGAGAGCAUGGUUGAACAUGCAGGAUUGACUGCUCUAAAUCAUGAAGACAGAUCAGUAAAUGCCCUAAGCAGGCAUUCUUCUCUUGUUAAAGGUGCAAAUGCAGGCUUGUACAAUGACAAGUUUAGACCAAGUAAUUUUUUUGUGGAAGAUAUUGGCAAGGAUCGGUUGUCAGUCUCAUCCAAAGGGCCAGAUAAUAUCCUGCUAAGACGACCUCCUCCUGCUUCGCACACUUCAUCAUCUCAGGAUGGAUUGGCUGAGCUGGUCUCCAACCCAGUUUUCAGAGGAAAGAAUACUUCAAACGCUGCUCCAGAUGGAGGAUGGCAAGAUGCAGUGGGCAAUUCAACAAGUCAAGGCUCAGACACCAUUGCUUCUUUGAAGAAAGACAUGCGUUUUCGUCGUACUUCCUCCUGCGAUGAUGCUGAUGUUUCAGAGGCGUCCUUUAUGGACAUGCUGAAGAGUAAUGCCAAGAAGACAUCUCCAGCCGAUAUUACCCAUGUGACAGCAGGAAUUUCAGACUCGUCAGAUGGAAUGCAAGGUCGAGGUGGUAAAAAGAAAGGAAAGAAAGGGAGGCAAAUUGAUCCUGCUCUCCUUGGUUUUAAAGUUACCAGCAAUCGUAUCAUGAUGGGUGAAAUUCAACGGAUAGACGAAUAGCAGCCCUACUUUUCUGGUUCUUAUUUUUGUUCGUAUUGUACAAUUCCCUUCUCUUGAUGGUUGUACAGGUUUAGUGUACAGCAUAUACCAAUAUGGAAAUUCUUUGAUUUUUACAGCCCCUUUUCACAUCUCAGUGGUGAUGGAGGGGCGGCAGGAGUGCCUUGUUUACAAAUGGUUGUGCAGUUAAGGGGUAUAGAUUUGUAUAGACAAUAACAAGGUUUACAAUGGAAAUGACUUGAGGGAUAGAUUUUUACA